AAAAUUUGUUUGUAGUGGCAACGCUGGUUCUUUGUUUUGAUUUGUUGUGGUUUAAUCCUCGGUCCUACAAUAAAAAAAAUAAAUAAUUUGCAUGAUUGAGCAACUAUUCUGGUGGGUAUUCGGAGCUUGGGGCAGCUUGGUCGUCGUAAAUUUCAAUGGGUAAUAAUAUAGCAUACGAUAGUGAAACUGAUGACGAUGAGAAUCUAAGCGAUAUUAGUGAGGAUGAACAUUUACCUUUGGCCUUGGGAUCAAUUCUGCAGCAAGUUAUCAACCAAGAGACAAAUGAAAUGCCUCCAGUUAUAAGGAAAAAACCAGAUUUAAGAGUUUUUCGGCACACCAUGAUGUACAAAGAGAUUAAAGCGCUGAGUGGACUACCUGCAAACAGUAGAAGACCAAGCGAAAGGUGGUGCUUAACUCGAGGACUAAUAAAAAGAGAAAAUGGCUUGGCAGGAUUUCCAAGUGGCUCCUUCACAUCGGGUCAACACCGUCGCAUAGUAAAUUAUUUUGUACCCAAUAAAAAGGCGGAUCGUCUAAUGUCGCUGGACUCUAAAAUUUACGUCUGUAAAUUUAACAACGACGGUAGUCGCCUAAUUACUGCCUCCCAAGAUGCCACAGUGCGCAUUUUUGAUGCUUCCAGGGGAACGUAUCAUCGCAUAAAACGUCUCAAAGUGCGGGAUGUAAAUUGGAGUAUUCUCGAUGUAGAUUUCAGCCCAUGCGGUAGAUUUUUCGCUUACUCAACUUGGUUCGAUUCAUUUCUUGUUGUGCCGGUCGACAGUGAUGGAGGCAAUGACUGCCAAAAUUAUGAUCUAGGUGUUGAGAGAAAUCGAGCAGGCAUGUUUUCCGUGCGGUUCUCGCCUUGCGAUAGAGGCAGAACCUUGAUUGGCGGCUGUAACGAUUCCAACAUUUAUAUUUGCGAUCGCGAAACAAGACAUGUUAAUGCCUUGCGAACCCAAACAUCACCGUCUGUGGAUAUUAAUGCUGUUGCAUAUGUUAAUGACCUAGAUCCAAACGUUAUUGUCAGCGGCUGCAACAAUGGUAUACUCAAACUCUGGGAUUUACGAUGUUGUGGUUAUGAUUACCGCCCAUCAAAAUGUCAAAGUACAUUUCUUGGCCAUUUUGAUGGUGUAACUUACAUAGAUCCACGUAAAGAUGGAAACUACGUUUUGUCUAACUCAAGAGACCAGAGUAUAAAAAUAUGGGAUUUGCGUCAACCCACGCCCAACUCAAAAGUGCGGAAACAUCCCAUUACACCACUCAUCGAAUGGGAUUACCGUUUUAGCCAGGUGCCCAGAGAAUAUUAUAAUCCCACUAAGGCAUUGGAAGGAGAUGUUAGCGUUAUGACAUACAGAGGUCACAGGGUAACAAAGACUCUUUUAAGAGCAAAAUUUUCACCGGCUGCACAAACUGGCCAGCGCUACAUAUACACAGGCUGCAGUACAGGAAGAAUUAUAAUAUACGAUGUUCUAACUGGUCAAAUUAAAGAAGCCAUAGAAAGCCACAGGAAUGUUAUACGAGAUUUGGAUUGGCAUCCUGUACGGAGUGAAUUAAUUUCAUCAUCGUUUGAUGCCCAUGUAAAUUUGAAUAUGUAUAAAAACAAGCCUAACAUAAUCAGGUCCGGUUCAAAUAAUAUACAACCUUUGCGAAGAUCUCGUCGUAUAGCCCAUCGCAAAGGUGAAAUUGAUGUGGAGGGCGAAGAUGAGGAUGAUGACGUAGAUUUUUAGUAUAAAUACCCACAAGCAGUGUGCAACAUUCUUUUAGUGUGUAAAUAAUGUUCUACUUGCGUACGUACAUAAAAGGAGCAGAUUUAUUUUCGCUACAUUGAGCAUUUCAUUAUAUGUUUACCUUAAAUUAAUCUCAUUUA